AUGCGCUCACCAAAUUCUCACCUGCCGCUAGCAACCGGCCUCAUGGUCGGUGCGACGGCGUCCCCUCUUUAUAAAUCACCACUCGACAUUCCCAACUGGGGAAAAGUCCAAGGAGUAGCCGCACUCAACAGCUCUGUAUCCGAGCACGUAUUAACCUGGGCCGACAUCUCCUUCUUUGGCGGGAUUCCCUUUGGCGCUGAAACCUCCGGAGCAAAUCGAUGGGCAACUCCCAAGCCUGCAUCACCAUGGAAUGGCACGCUCGAUGCCUCAGAUUUCGGCCCUAUCUGUCCUACGUCUAAUAUGGCUCUCACCGCAUACUCCAUGAGCGAAGAUUGCUUAUCCGUUAACAUCUGGACACCUGCCACCUCGAGUGACGAGAAAUUACCGGUUGCUUUCUGGAGCUACGGCGAUGGAAUCGCACCUCCUCAACCACAAUUCAAUGGAGGGGGUCUUGCUGGCGACACUCGUCUCACUGAGGAAUCGGGCGAUAGCAGCGCCGGCAACAACUCUACUGGUAACUGGGGUGUUCUAGACCAGUUCCUCGCCAUCAAGUGGGUUCACGAAAACAUCGCUGCCUUUGGAGGAGAUCCCGACCACAUCACUGUCAUGGGACAGUCCUUUGGAUCCGCCGCCACCUACCACAUCGUCAAUAGCAACCUCACAUCCGAUAAUGGUAUCGUUGGCGCCAUCUCCGAGUCGGGAGUACGUUCGCCAAAUGAUGUUGAGACCAGCUACAUCGCUCUCUCCUAUAUCGACCAAACCGAUGCCGAAGCCCUUGGGGCCGAAGCUUUCGAGGCUCUCAAUGUUACAACUGUCAGACCCGUACUCGACUUCUACGCCAUCCCCGCCAAAUACAUUGAGACUCUCCACGAUGGUGCCGGAAACCCCGUUCCCUAUGUCACCGGAGGGAACUCAGACGAGUACGGUGUAUCCGACACCUUCACGACCACCGUAUCCGAUUACGAAGGUUACAUUUCCGGAAACCUUGGCGAUUCCACCGACGAAUUCUUGAGUCUCUACCUCGCCGGAAACGACUCCCAAGCAUCCACUUCGGAAACCACACUCGUACGUGAUCAGAGCACCGUAUCCUGCUGGCAAUGGAUGAACGGCGACACCAACUCGUCGGGCGGUAUCAACGGCUACACCUAUUUCUGGAACUACCACCCACCCGAUGUGGGAACCACGACGCACGGUAGCGAGAUCGUCUAUGCGUUGGGUAAUUUGUGGGCACAGGCCGGCGUCAACUAUACUGCUGAGGAUUACUAUGUUUCCAAUGUUUUGAGCAGUUAUUGGGCCAACUUUAUUAAGACAACUGAUCCGAAUAGUGGUGAUUCGUACAAUAAUGGUACUUUACUUGCUACCUGGAAGCCUAACUCGCCUACGAAGAGAGAAACUUUCAAGGUUGGCGCGGAGUAUGCUAUGAUACCUAUUGCGUCAUCGCUUGCUAAGAUUGAGGCUUUCCUUAAGUGGUUUGCUGCUACGCCUGCUAUCUAA